UUUCGGUUCCCCGGAGUCCCGCGGCCAUCGCCGGCUCCCCGGGCCUGCAAGCCCCGCCCCGAUUGGCUGCCGCCGGGUCCGCCUGCCCCCUUGGGCCCUCGGGACGGCGGCGGGGACAGCGUGGGACCAUGGCCGGGAUCCGCAAGCUGGAGCUGGAGGAGGCCCUGGUGCUGGGGUCUGGCUGGCGGCACGCCUGCCACGCGCUGUUAUACGCGCCGGACCCCCGGAUGCUGUUCGGCCGCAUCCCGCUCCGUUACGCCGUCCUGAUGCAGAUGCGCUUUGAUGGGCGCCUCGGCUUCCCCGGCGGCUUCGUCAGCGUGCAGGACGGCGGUCUGGAGGCCGGGCUGAACCGCGAGCUGACCGAGGAGCUGGGCGAGGCCGCGGCCGACUUCCGCGUGGAGCGCGCCGACUACCGCAGCUCGCACGCGGGGCCCGGGGCGCGCAUCGUGGCCCACUUCUACGCCAAGCGCCUGACGCUCGAGCAGCUGGUCGCGGUGGAGAUGGGCGCCCCGCGCGCCAAGGACCACGGGCUGGAGGUGCUAGGCUUGGUACGGGUGCCCCUAUAUACCCUCCGGGAUGGUGUGGGAGGCCUGCCUGCCUUCCUGGAGAAUUCCUUCAUCGGAUCUGCGAAGGAGCAGCUGCUGGAAGCCCUCCACGAUCUGGAACUGGUGGAGCCUGGUUCUCUUACAGCCUGGAAGGUCUCCCUGCCUCGCUAGAGGCAACCGUCUGUGGACCCACGGAACCUGAGAUGAGGCUCUGGUACAAAGGAGGGGAGGAAGGAACGGGGAAGGUUUUCUCUUCCGGGCCUGGGCCUGAUAGAUGCUAACAGAUUAAAAGAAGUAUGUGCAGUACAUUUGAG